UGCUCCCUGCCUGCCUGCCUGCGGAGGCGCUGACGUAGGAAUCCCAACAAACUUACGGAAAAUUGCGAGAGAGAGAGAAAAAAAACAAUAAAAACUCUCCAGCUGCAGUGGUGAGAAAUUCGGAGUCAGGAAUGAUCUCGGGUAUCUUCUCACCGGAACUCUUCAUCACACAACUGUGGAAAUGCGAGCCCUUGGUGUAACUUUUCAGCAGCACUUCUUCGGGGUGCAGGCGUGUUGUUUCGGAGUGUGUACGGCGCUGCUGCUCGCGCUGACCAGCUCGAGCCGCGCUGCUGCUGCUGCUGCUGCGGCUUCACUCACACAACAUGAAGUUCUCGAGCAAAGUCAACUCUCAGACCUCUACAAUAAAGGGGUAUUCCUCCUGGAGAGUGUAUCUCUCCAGCGCUGUCUCUUUUCCAACUCCUCCGGCAUCUCGCUGGCCAGCUGUGAUUCCCCAACAGCUGGUUCACUGUGGAAGUGGGUGUCUCGCCAUCGCCUUUUCAACCUUGGCACCAACAAGUGCAUGGGAAUCAACUCUACCAACCAUCAGUCCGAACUGGGCAUGUUCGAGUGUGACGUUUUCUUGCACUCCAAGUGGUGGCUCUGUCACGGUUACACGUUGUACGGAACCACUCAGAAGAAGCUAGUGGUGAUGGACUCCCGGGUGACAGUUAAGAGAUCCAUCAUGCAUGAGUGGAGGAUCUAUGGAGAGCUUGGAGAGGCUCCUUGUACAUACCCUUACAAAGAAAUCCACACUCUGUUAGGGAAUGCCCAGGGUUCGCCCUGUGCCCUGCCCUUUAAGUAUAGCGGGAAGUGGUACUGGGACUGCACCUCAGAAGGCAGAGAGGAUCAGCACCUCUGGUGUGCCACCUCCAGCAGCUAUGACCAGGACCAGAAGUGGGGAUUCUGCCCGAAUGCAGCGCCUGCCUGUGAUGCGUUCUGGGAGAGCAACGCUAAACUGAAUGCCUGUUAUCAGUUUAACUUCUACUCUCUUCUCUCCUGGAGCCAAGCUCUCGCCUCCUGUCAGUCACAGGGAGCCAGUCUUCUGUCCAUCACCCAGACUGCUGAGCACAUCUACAUCAGAGACAGACUGGAAGACAUGGGUGUGAUAGUCUGGACUGGGCUAAACCACCUAGCUCACGACGGGGGGUGGCAGUGGUCUGACGGAUCCCCCCUGGCUCUACUCCAGUAUACCUCAGACAUGGCACCAUUUGUGGUGGGCCAGAACCAGCUGUGUGGGGUGUUUAACUCGGAUCUGUGGUCAGGGCACUGGCAGAGCUUGUCCUGUGAUUCAGCUUUGCCUUACAUCUGCAAGAAAACUCCCAAUAUCAGCAGGAGAGCUGAGCCUAUUGAUAACUGGCAGUAUAAGAGGACUGAGUGCAUAGAUGGUUGGAUUGGUCACAAUGGCUUCUGUUAUUGCUAUGUGGAGGAGAAGGGCAGCUGGGAUAACUCGUCUCUCACAUGCAAGGCUCUGGGGGCACAACUGACUGCCAUCCACUCCCUCUCAGAGCAGGAGCUACUGCUAGCACUCCUUGUUAACGCUUCUGACACAAAGGUGUGGAUCAGUUUAUAUAUGGAGCCUGGUUCUUCAACAGUCAGGUGGUCAGAUGGCUCCUCUGUCACUUUUACAUCCUGGCAACGGCAGCAGCCUUCUCCUCACAGUGAUGACAAACGCAUGUGUGUUGCUGCAGACAGGAAGAACGGGAACUGGGGGUUGGAGGAGUGUGAGAAGAUGUUUCCAGCAGUUUGUCGAAUGAAUGGCCUCGUACCCCUACACCCAACUGGAGAAUGGGAAGAAGGCUGCCCACAGGGAUGGAAGAGGAAGGGGAAUUCCUGCUACAAGAUUGCUGACCAGGAACAAACUUUCAAGGAUGCUAUAAAGGGUUAUUACUGUAAAUCAUCUCUUGUCACUAUCGAUGACAGGUUUGAGCAAGCAUUUCUGAACAGCCUGAUCAGUGCAAAGAACGGCUCUGCAUCCCAGUUUUAUUGGACCGCUCUCCAGGACCAGAACAAGACUGUAGAUUAUCAGUGGUUGAUGCAAAACGGCACCACGCUACCGCUCACGUAUACCAACUGGAACCGCCGCCAGCCCUUAGUGACCGGAGGAGGCUGCGUGGCAAUGACAGGAGGGCAACGACUCGGCCACUGGGAGGUCAAGAACUGCAAUUCCUUUAAGGCCUUAGCGGUGUGUGAGCAGAGUGUGAGCAGUUACUACGAUGUCCUCUUUUCUCUACCGCACAUAGACCUUCUCGCUCCCUGUAAGGUCGGAUGGGAGAGUCAACACGGCCUGCAACACUGUUACAAGGUGUUCCACGACGAGAAGGUCUUGAUGCGUCGCUCCUGGGCCGAAGCAGAGUUUUUCUGCCGGGCGCUCGGCACAGACCUCGCCAGCUUUCACUAUUACGAGGAACAGGUCUUCGUCAAACAGCUCCUGACUAAGAUGUUUAAUAGUACAGAGGGUCGUUGGUUCUGGGUCGGCCUUACUAAAAGAGGUCCGCAGUCUGCCGGAGCCUGGGAGUGGUCAGAUGGUACUCCGGUGGUGAAAUCGUUCAUAGACGACAACAACGAGGAUAUGAGCACCCACAACUGUGCAGUGUACAGCGAUCUAACGAACGCACUUACACCCCGACCCUGUGACGCCAAACAUGAAUGGGUCUGCAAGGUGCCCAGAGGUGUGGAGUUAACGAAUCCUUAUUGGUACAACAAGGAGAAUGAGCCUUGGGUGUUCUACCGUGGAGCUGAGUACUACUUGUCCAGCCAGGCGUACCCUUGGGAGAUGGUGUUGUUCACCUGUAAGAUGCUGGGAGCUGACUUAUUGUCCUUACACUCCAAAGAGGAACAGGCGUUCAUUCAUGACCGUAUGAUGAAAGCUGCUCACGGUGCCACUGAAUGGUGGAUCGGCCUGUCAACUAGCAGUGUACCUGAAGGCUUCAGUUGGACUGAUGGAACAGCUCUAGAUUAUGAGAACUGGAAAAAUGGAAGGCCUAGCAGUCAACCUGGACGAAACUGCGUCUCCAUGUCUCUGACAGGGUCGUGGUCAACGUCUCGCUGUGUGGAUCAACAUGGUUACGUAUGUAAACGCAGGAUCGUAUCGGUGGUAGAGACUCCGCGGGAACCUCACUUUGUCGGCGCCUGCCCAGAAAACUGGUUCUACUUCGGGCACAAGUGUCUAUUGCUGCACCUCCCAUCCCGGCCGAAGGAGGGAAAGAGCUGGAAAGACGCUCAGUCCAUCUGCUCUAGCUUCCAAGGCAUGCUGGUCUCAAUCGAGGAUGAGAUCGAGCAAGCUUACAUCACUAUGCUACUUGAUGGCCAAUCUGAUGGAGUCUGGAUAGGCUUACAGGAUGCAGACACUCUGAAAUGGACCAAUGAGAAGCUUGUUACCUACACUAACUGGUCACCUGUAGAACCCGAGCACUCUGAAGCUCAGGAGGAGUGGUCGCGUAACAGGAUUGAGCCUUUGUGCGCUGUUCUGUCCAACACGCACAACUUUCACUUUACUGGAAAGUGGUACAAGGAGAAAUGCAGCCAGAGUAGCUACGGCUUUGUAUGUCAAAAACCACAAGACAAAACCAAACGUCCAUCCCACUCCUUUCCUAGCCCGGCCUCCCUAGCUUUCUCUGAGUAUAAGAACCGGAGUUACCAUGUAGUCCGUGGCAACAUGAGCUGGUUCCAGGCCCGGACUGCUUGUUUGGAGAAAAAUGCAGAGCUUGUGAGUAUCACUGACUCGUUCCACCAGGCGUACCUUACCGUACUAGUCAACCGACUUGGAGCGCCGCACUGGAUCGGACUUCUGAGUCAGGACGAUGGUAUAAAUUAUGGUUGGAUCGAUGGCAGAGAUAAUAUGUUCACACACUGGGACACGGUGGAUGACGAUAGCGAGGACAGUUCUUUCGUGUUGGGAAAUUGUGUGUACAUGGACAUCACCGGUGGCUGGAGAAGAGCGGAGUGUGACAUGCCUCUUUCAGGAGCGCUAUGCUACGUACCUCCCCCAAAAAGCAUAGCAAUCUCCUCCGAAGUGUUAUGUCCAGAAACGUGGGUGAAGUUUCGCCAAAGCUGCUACAAUUUCAGGCCCGUUGUCUUAAGAAUGUCUCUAGAUGAAGCAAGAGAACGCUGCAAGAAAGAAGACAAUUCCUCUGACGUGUUGACGAUACGAGACGAGGAGGAGAACCACUUCUUCCUGAAGCAGAUGAAGAACUUUUAUGGCAGCUUUGAGACUGUGUGGCUGGGCAUUUAUUAUAACAUGGACAAGAAUGCUUUAACCUGGCUGGAUGGCUCUGCACUCGAUUACACCAACUGGCCCCUGAAGGCUCCGGAUGCGAGCGGGAUGAACGCUGACACGUGUGUGUCGAUGCGGGUAUCAGAUGCCGGGUGGCUCCUGGCUGACUGCACAAGCAGGCAUGGCUUCAUAUGCAAAACCCGUUCAGAGUCAGUACCAGAGGUGGAGGUGGAGCCCUUAACUGGUUUGCAUUACGGAGUCGUUCCAGCCGCAGUCUUAGUGGCCAUAUUGUUCUUUGCAGUGACGGCUGGAUUGCUCUGGUUUGUCUACAAGAGAAACACACUGGGCUUCAGGAGGCUUCCGUCACUCGGCAGCGCCUUUUACAGCUCUCAUGCUACAGACUCAGACGGCAACGUCCUCCUGUCGGACCUUGAGACACAUGCAGAGGAGUAGUGUGUGAAAGAUUUGGGUGGAGUGGAUUGGAUAUUCGGGGAUGUGUUUUUUUUUGUUCAUGCAGAAGGAUAAGAAUCUUUGACUGUAUUGUUUAAAAAAACAACCUCCACUGGUUACUGGAGGUAAGGUUGGGGUUAGAUUUAGGUGUAGCAUAGCAAUAAUUAGCUGCAUUAAUUCUGUCCUCAUAGGGAUAGUAGGAUUAAUGUGUGUGUGAUUGAGCGUGCAUGUGCGUGUGUGUGUGUGUGAGAGAAAGAGAGAGAAAGAGAGAGAGAGAUUCCCAUCAGGGAUCCUGUGAUCAGGACCAAACUUGAAUCCACAUCUAACGUUUCUUAGCCGCGAUCGGCAACACUAUGCACAUGACGUUGUCGUGCUUUUAAACGUUAACAUCAAAGACAGGUAAUAAGGAAAAGCUGUCCAGAGUUAAUCGCUAACAUUUACAGUAUUCAGGGAGUUGUUUACUUAUGCGACUUUGACACGCGUUCACAUGAAGAUCGUUCUCAGAAGGCCAAUCUCGAAAGCCUUGUCCGACAGGAAGUUUGUUCUAGCUCGGAUCUGAACAAUAAACAAUGAAUUCUUCAGGAAUAAUGGUCUUUAAUAGCUUUAAAAUUAGCUGCAAGACACCAAAGCAGCGAAAAAAAAGCAGGCUUGUUUGUUUUGGACCGAAAGCACACAGUUUUGUUAUCAGUAUUUGAACAUGGUUUAUAGCGAGUGUUAUUCUUUUCAGUUGUGAGUCAUGUUUUAGCGGAACAAAUUAUUGUCGAAUCACAUGAAGCACUUUAUCUCGUUUCAGCUCCCAGUGCUCGGUUUUGAUAUUAUUACUGGAAAAAAGGCCACAGAGGCUUUCCAAAUCCAGCAUUAACCUCUACCACCUAAAUACUGAUGAACUCCACAUCGGAAAAAAAGAUUAAUCCCAAAACAAAACAUGUACAGUAAAAUGUCAGGGUGUGUAGCCGACUAAAUUAGAAUAACUGCUUCAGUACCAGUCAAAAGUUUGGAUACACCUUAUAAUUCAAUUGCACCGCCUUGCACCUCCGGGUUCGAUUCUCACCUCAGGUGUGUGUGCAUUUGAAAGUUCUCUCUGUGCUUGGUGGGUUUCCUCCUACAGUCCGAAGACAUGCAGAUUAAGCUAAUUGGCAUUCCCAAAUUGUCUGUGUGUGUGUGUGUGUGUGCCUUGCGAUGGAUUGGCACCCCGUUCAAGGUGUAACCCACCUUGUGCCCUAGGUCUCCUGGGAUCAGCUGCAGGCACCUCAUGACCGCAAACAGGAUAACGAGGUACAGACGAUGAAACAACAAUGAUUUCUUUUCGACAUUCCAGAACAACAUUUCAAAACUAUAAAAUAACACACAGAAUUAAGUAAUUAAGUAACAAGAACAAGAACAGUCCGUUGUUAUUGUAAGACAUGAAAGUCAGCUGUUCUGGAACAGUUCUUGCAAGAAGAGUAUUGUGUCAAGUGCAUUUGUAAAACCCAUCAAGCACCAUGAUGAGACUGUCUUUCAUGAAGAACAUCUCAGGAAGGCAAGACCGAAACUUAGCUCUGCUGCAGAGGAGACGUUCUUUUGGAGUCACCAGCCUCAGAAAUUCAUUUAGAGUUACCAGCCUCAGAUUAGAGCCAUUCUGAAGGAUUUACAGAGCAGAAGUAGCAGACACAUCUCAAUAUCAACUGUUCAGAGAAGAUUAUUGCAUAUUUUGGAUGCCUUCAGUAUUGUUUUACAGUGUAGAAAGAAAUAAGAAUCAAGAAAGAUCAUUGAAUUAGAAGGUGUGCCGAAACUUUUGACUAGUAGUGUAUAUAAGACUCAUAUAGAGUGUCUGAUUGUCUUUUCAUUAUAAUCUUAGGUCCUGUUUUUCAUAUUGUCAAAAUUUUGAAUAAGUGGUAAAAUCAGCUGUGCUAAGUUGGAUUUAAUUUGUAAAAUAUUAUCGCUUCUAUGUCACGUAUUGGUUACUGCGUAAAACCACAUACAUGAGACUAACCAGUAUAAUGUGUCAUCUCUUAAAACCAGCCUUGAUAUAGAUCACAAGAUUCUUACUGUACAUUCUUUUUGUAUAUGCACUGUACGCAUUGAAAGGGUUAACUGGGUCAAUGUUAUGUUUCUUCUUGGUCUGAUGAUAUUAUUUUUGUUUGUACCACAUGGGAUAAACUAGCUGUACAGUACUGAUCACAGUUUAUAGUUUUACUCCCCCUGUUUGUUUUGUUAGUAAUGGAGUAGGAAAAAAAGAACAGCUGUAUGAAGCUACCACAAGGGCCCUUCACUCCUAUUUUUAAUGUACCUUUAUUUGUGGAAUAAUUUGUACGAGUUGGGUAGUUUGUACAUUCAGUUUUUUACUUGUGAGAUCCAACACAUAGACAGGCUAUGACUUUUUUCUAUUAUGCACAGUUCUGAUUCACAGCAAGUUGAAAUAAAGGAGAUGUGCUUGAUGUA